AAUAUGGAAGCCAGUAACCAAACAGGAGUUUCAGAGUUCUUUCUCCUGGGACUGACCGAGGAUCCAGAACUGCAGCCCUUUCUCUAUGACAUUUUUCUGUUCAUAUACCUGGUCACCAUCCUGGGAAACCUGCUCAUCAUCCUGGCUGUCAGCUAUGACUCUCACCUCCAUACCCCUAUGUACUUCUUUCUCUCCAGUCUGUCCUUUACGGACAUCUGUUUAAGUACAACCACAGUCCCAAAGAUGCUGGUGAACAUUGAGACACAGAGAAACUCUAUCACUUAUAUAGGCUGCCUCACCCAGGUAUGUGCUGUCCUAGUUUUUGGAGGUUUUGAAAAUUUUCUCCUUGGAGUAAUGGCCUGUGAUCGCUAUGUGGCCAUUUGUCACCCACUGAGGUACACGGUCAUCAUGAACCCCCACCUCCUUGGCCUAUUGAUUGCAUUCUCUUUGUUCAUUAGCGUCAUGAACGCAUUGGUCCAUAGUCUAAUGUUGUUGCCACUGUCCUUUGGCACAGACGUGGAAAUCCCCCACUUCUUUUGUGAACUUGCUCAGGUUCUCAAGCUCACCUGUUCCAAUACCUUCAUCAAUAACAUGGUGCUAUAUUUUAUGACUAGCAUAUUUAGUGGUAUUACUCUCUCUGGGAUCAUUUUCUCUUAUUUGCAAAUUGUCUCCUGCAUUCUGAAAAUACCAUGUAGGACUGGAAAGUAUAGAGUUUUUUCCACCUGUGGGUCUCAUCUCUCAAUUGUUUUCUUGUUCUAUGGGACAGGCUUUGGUGUGUACAUUAGUUCUGCAUUUACACACUCUUCCUGGAAGACAGCAGUAGCCUCAGUGAUGUACACUGUGGUCCCUCAAAUGAUGAAUCCUUUUAUCUACAGCCUGAGGAACAGGGACAUGGUGGGAGCCUUGAGAAAAAUCAUUGGUAGCAUACCUUCUUUUUAGUUAUUGUGCCACCUGCUUUGAGCUUGGGUUUCUAGAAAGUAAAAAAUAAAAGUAAAAGCAAUCCUGGCAAGUCAGAAUUCCUAACUUUUCCUUCAGCAAGUUCCUCUAAAAUGACUAGAUGACAUAAUG